CGUGUGCGCACUGCAAGCUGCUCUAGGGGUUGUUUGGCUUUCUGCGCCCUCUCUGCACCUCCAACCUCAAUCCCCACCAUGAAGGCGCUGAGCCCGGUGCGCGGCUGCUACGAGGCGGUGUGCUGUCUGUCGGAACGCAGCCUCGCCAUCGCGCGGGGCCGCGGGAAGGGCCCGGCAGCAGAGGAACCGCUGAGCCUGCUGGACGACAUGAACCACUGCUACUCACGUCUGAGGGAACUGGUACCCGGAGUCCCGCGAGGCACUCAGCUUAGCCAGGUGGAAAUCCUGCAGCGCGUCAUCGACUACAUCCUCGACCUGCAGGUGGUCCUGGCGGAGCCCGCUCCUGGACCCCCAGACAGUCCGCAUCUUCCUAUCCAGACAGCCGAGCUCGCCCCGGAACUUGUGAUCUCCAACGACAAGAGGAGUUUCUGCCACUGACCUGGCCCGUCCUGGCGCCUCCAGAACGCAGGUGCUGGCGCCCGUUCCGCCUGGGAACCCGGGACCCUCUACGGCCGGAAGCCCGAGGGCAUGGAUGGGCCCCAGCCUCGCCCUGCCCACUUGACUUCCCCAAACCCCUGCCUCGAGGCUGGACCUGGCGCCCGGGAGCGAAGGACUGUGAACUUGGGUGGCCUAAAGCGCCAGAGCUAGCUGUGGGCACCAGCUGGCAACGUCGCCCAGCCCCCACCCCACCCCCAAGUUUUAAAGACUGUCUUCGGAGUGUGGAGGUGUGGGGAGAAGUGGCUGCUCUCCAGACUCGGCCGAGGCAGCGGUAGAGCUGGUCUUCUGUUCUCCUUGAAGAAAGGCUCUGUUUGCCCUGAUUAUGAACUCUAUAAUAGAGUAUAUAGCUUUUGUACCUUGUUUGCAGGAAGGUGACUUUCUGUAACCAUGCGAUGUAUAUUAUUAAACUUUUUAUAAAAGUUAUCAUUUUGCAUAAUAAACGGUUUUUAAACA